GUGAUUUGAAAAUUGGGAAUAAAGUGAAUUUGGAAAGAGCACUUGCAGCUAACAUUAGAUUUGGUGGACAUUUUGUACAAGGUCACGUUGAUACAACAGGAGAAAUAAUUUCGAUCACACCAGAAGUCAAUUCUCUUUGGUUCAAAAUUUCACCUUCGGAUUCUAAAUACCUUCGUUACAUUAUUCCCAAGGGUUAUAUUUGCCUAGAUGGUACCUCGUUAACUGUUUGCGAGGUAAACGAUGCCGAAAAUUGGUUUAAUAUUAUGUUAGUUGCAUAUACUCAAAGUCAUAUUAUAAUGCCUUUGAAAAAAGUUGGUGAUAAGGUUAACAUUGAAGUUGAUAUGUUGGGUAAAUAUGUAGAAAAAAUUGUUGAUUCUAUGCUUUCGAGUGAAACUAAUGGAGUUGGUGGUUAUUUGGAUAAAUUGGUUACCAACUAUUUGGAAAAAACUACCUCCAAGAAAAAUAUUGAAAGCAACCUAGUUAAGAAGGAUGAAUCUUAA